UUUCAAAACAAAUAAAUAAUCUUACAUUUUUCUGAACUUUUGAGUCGGAAGAGUUCAGCAAAUGUAGCGUCAGAUUCUUCAUGAAUCAAAUCAUUUUUUUGGUUAGGUGUUAUCAGCAACAAACAUGCCUCGCUCUGGAAGCAAAAAGAAAUGGAAAUCAUCCAACAUUAACAGGCAGGACAGUGCUGACAACCCAAAGCAGUUCCAAUCGGGUUCAACAUGUUCAAAGUCGACGCCAGUGCACAACCAGAAAGUGUUGACAGAAGUGCGAGCAUUGUUUGAGAAGAAGUUUGCAUUUGUUCGACCAAGUGAGGGGCAGGAGUGGAAGCUGCCACCGGCUGAGAGCCUGUUUAGUGAAGCUGUAGUGAAGGACUGGGACCCGGAGUUGAACCACUACAAGGCAGAGCUGAAUGAACUGAAAUGUCAACUAAGCGACAAGGACAUCCAACAAUGGCACCAGCAUACCUCCUUCACUCAUCGCUCUGCCCUCGUCAUGUCACACCUACGUAACAACUACUGGGUAGAGCUCUGUACGCAGGCCUGGUGUAAGUUCUUCGAGAUUGUGUCGAGCUAUGACGUUAUCAAACCUGGCUUGGCCAGAGAAGAAGGGGCGUGUCUUAAAUCUGUCCAUCUAUGCGAGGCACCGGGGGCGUUUGUGACCAGCCUGAACCAUUACCUCAAGAGCUCUGGUAUCCUGAGGCAUGGAGCGUGGAACUGGCUGGCUACCACCCUGAACCCAUAUUAUGAAGGGAAUAGCACUGAUGCAAUGAUCGCUGAUGAUCGCUUCAUCCUGCAAACACAGGAGCACUGGUUCUUUGGAGAGGACAACACCGGAGACCUGAUGAACGCAGAGAAUCUGAAGUCACUCAAGCAACGCGUUGAAGACACCAUGGGGAACGUACAGCUUAUGACAGCGGAUGGCAGCAUCAAUUGCCAGAAUGAUCCAGCGGAGCAAGAAGUGGUCGUCUCCCAGCUGCAUUACUGCGAAGUUGUCACGGCGAUGGCUCUUCUAGCAGACGGUGGUUCUUUCAUCCUGAAGAUGUUUACCAUGUUUGAGCAUCAGACCGCCUGCUUGAUGUACCUCUUGAACUGUAGCUUUCGGGAGGUUCACGUGUUCAAGCCUGCUACCAGUAAGGCUGGUAACUCCGAGGUUUAUGUUGUAUGUCUCGGAUUCAUUGGUCAGCAAAGUCUGGAGGAAUAUAUGCCGAGUUUGCUGAGUCAUUUUGGGCCAGCAGAAUGUCCAAACGCCAUGUUUCCUAUCUCGUCCAUUCCGACCUCAUUUCUGGUCCAGCUCCGCGCCUGCGCGGCAACCUUCAAGGACUACCAGAUGGCCACCAUCUCGGAAAACAUCUGGCUGUACACGCACAUGUCGGAGCAAGAGCGCCACCGUUUGACAAAAGUGAGAGAGGCCUGCCGGACGACCUAUGUGGAACGCUACGCUAUCAAGAGCAUCAGGAAAGCUGAUAAGAUCUGCUCCGAUGCGUCCAAGGGACAGAACAUCCGUGCUGUGGGCAUGUUUACCAAGACAGCCAGGAAGAGACUGCACGGGACCUUCACGGAGAGGCAGCAGCUAGACCACUCUCAUUGGCUCCAACGACUCAACGCUGACUACCAGCAACUUGCCGUGGCAACGUGGGGGUCAGAGGUCAUGACCCAGAUCCUUCAGAAUAACCGUGAGUUGAUGCCGAGUGAAGUAGCAUCGUGGGACGUGGUUGUCGGUAAGAGACUGACAUCGAUUCAGAGCUCAUCGUUCUGUACGGCUGAAGUCCUUGAUGAUUGGAACUUGGCGUGUGCUCAUGCCCAAACUGGAUGCGACGCGAAAGAGGACUUAGACAAGUGUAGCAUCUAUGACCAGACCAUUGUGGAUGUGAUGGGAACUGAUCUAGCCAAACUGCAGAAGAUUUCAAGAAGUGACGGUACAAUAAACAGUCUGUGUCUUCUUACACGGAAGGGAAAGGAAGAUUCUUUCUUGCAGCUUCUCACCAAAUCUGGUGGCUGGAGCCUCAGGAAUUGCCUUGUGACAACAACCACCGCCGAUGUCAGUGUGACAUUGGAAGAGAGAAGACUAACGUCAGAACACAGUUGUCAUGAGAGUAUGUCCAAAACAACCUCCAGUCUCGGCAUUCCACAUCUUGGAGAUCAGAACAUCAUCAAAAAAUGUUCUGUACUUCUACAACAUGAUAAAGUGCCUGUGGUGUACUCAGACUGUGGCCUUGGAGGAAAGGUAUCAGCUUCUAGCUGUAAACUCAGCCCACAUCAGCUGGGUACCAGACUUCAGUCACUUGUGUCGGUCACACUUGCCAUGCAUGCACUGCACAUUGGAGGAACAUUAAUAAUCCGUGUUCCCGAGAUUCUAACCAGAUUCUCUGCAGGAUUGCUGUAUGUCAUUCAUAAAGUCUUUCUACAGAUAACCUUGAUAGCUGUUGUUGAUAAUGGGACCUCCUCAAGUGUGGCCAUCAUUGCGCAAGGCUUUGUAGGGGCUCAUCCCCUACUCAUCCAGCAUCUUUGGAAAGUGUAUUCAUCCAUUUUGGAAUAUCAGAACAAUCAAGAAACAGAUGUCUUGACGUUUGUGCCCCAGUCACAACUUUGUGUAAAGGAGUUCAACAAUGGAUUGACUGAAUUCAGCGAGAAUUUUCUGAAAGCUCAAACCAGCUUUCUGGUGCAGACUGAGCUCACUGCCCAACUAGACAAUGAGCAGAUGGAGGGCAACACCCCUGAGCAAACUAGGUGACAAAUACAGGGGGGUAAAAAGAAAGAAUACCCAACGGUUUUCCACUGAGUUAACCUCUUUUGUCAAAGUUGCAGAUGGCAGAGGAAGAGCGUAUGCUUUUUGUACAAUAAAACAAAGUUUGGACAUCAAGCCCUAGCUAAAUGAAUGUUGUCUACCUUAGUUAGGGUUGAAUAUCAUUUCUUUGAUUUGAACGCUUUUGAUUUUAGACUUUGAUUUCUUCAACAACUUUGAGAAACAUGUCUGUGAAAGGAGGAAUGUUUGUUUGAAACCAUUGUCCAAUGUGCCAAGCAAUACAUGAAGCGAAUUUAUUGAA